AUGUCAUCGACUACUGCCGUAAAUGUAGAUGGCAUCGAAUUUGAUCGCAAUGAUCUUUUGGGUAGUGGUGCCUACGGUUCAGUGUAUCGUGGUAAAUAUAAAAAUCAAAGUAUAGCAGUAAAAAGAAUUCUGAAGAUAAAAGGCAAAGAUGAAGGAGCUGACAACGAGUUAAAAAUUCUGAAACCGUUAGACCAUCCCAAUAUAGUUAAACUACUUCACUCGGCAAGUGAUGUCGACUUCAAUUACUUUGCUUUGGAAUUAUGCGACGCGUCCAUGGAUCAGGUGUUUCUAAAUGAGAACGAUCCUCGCAAAUAUAAAGGACCUGCAUUGCCGAAUAAUUUCGAGGUUUUUACCCAGUUAGCCACUGGUCUCGAAUACAUUCAUUCAAAGAACGUAAUCCACCGGGACAUUAAACCGGGCAACAUUCUCAUUUCUGUGAAACAUACUGACCAAGGGGAAGAGAUAAAGAUCAAGUGGGCUGAUUUUGGAUUGUCACGAGAAGUGAGUGAAAGGGGAACAUUCAUAAUGAGUGCAGUCAGAGGGACUCUACUUUGGUUCUCUCCCGAAGAGAUGGAAAUUCGUGGCAAAAACCUACGAAUCGAAGAAACUAGCGGCUCUAUCAAAAGCGACGUAUACGCAGAAGGUCUCGUCUUUGGUUAUAUUCUCUUGAGAGGAAGACAUAUCUACGGCGAAAAUGAGUUACAAAUUGUAAAGAACAUUACAGACAACAAACCCACCAGUCUGAAUGCAUUUAGCCCGUAA